GUCCCCCCGCUGUCCCCGCCGCCAUGCCGGAGGCCGUGCACUACAUCCACCUGCACAACUUCAGCCGCUCGCUGCUGGAGACGCUCAACGGGCAGCGCGUGGCCGGCCACUUCUGCGACGUCACCGUGCGCAUCCGCGAGGCCUCGCUGCGCGCCCACCGCUGCGUGCUGGCCGCCGGCAGCCCCUUCUUCCACGACAAGCUGCUGCUGGGCCACUCGGCCAUCGAGGUGCCGCCCGUGGUGCCCUCGGCCGCCGUGCGCCAGCUGGUCGAGUUCCUCUACAGCGGCAGCCUGGUGGUGGCCCAGUCCGAGGCGCUGCACAUCCUCACGGCCGCCUCCGUGCUGCAGAUCAAGACGGUCAUCGACGAGUGCACGCAGAUCAUCUCGCAGGCCCGCGGCCCCGCCGCGCCGCCCGCACACCUGGGGGCCCUGGGGAUACAUCUGGGGACCCCGGGGACACACCUGGGGUACCAACCCACACUGACCCACACUGACCAGUACCAACCCACGCUGACCCACACUGACCAGUACCAACCCACACUGACCCACAAUGACCAGUACCAACCCACACUGACCCACAAUGACCAGUACCAACCCACACUGACCAUUCCCCCCGUUUUCAUCUCCGCAGGCGAGAAGCCCCACCAGUGCUCCAUCUGCUGGCGCUCCUUCUCCCUGCGGGACUACCUGCUCAAGCACAUGGUGACCCACACGGGCGUGCGCGCCUUCCAGUGCGGCGUCUGCUGCAAGCGCUUCACCCAGAAGAGCUCCCUCAACGUGCACAUGCGCACGCACCGCCCCGAGCGCUUCCAGUGCCGCCUCUGCACCAAGGGCUUCUCCCACCGCACCCUCCUGGAGCGCCACGCCGCCACCUCCCACCCUGUGCCGCCGCCGGGGCCGCCGCCGGGGCCAGCACCGGGGCCACAGCCCGGGCUGCCGCUGGGGCCACCGCCUGGGCUGCCACCAGGGCCACCGCCGGGGCUGCCACUGGGGCCGCCGCCGGGACCGCCACCGGAGCCUGGACUGGGCACGUGGCCGGGGCCGGACGUGGCGGGCGCUGGCCCCACUCACACGGCCUGAAGGGGGGGUCCCUGCCCCUGGAAGGGCCUUGAGGGUGAGCCCGGGGGCUCCUCGGUGCCCACGGGUGCAGUGGAGCAGCCGGGGUGAAGCCUGGAGGAAGCGUCGGGGAUGUUCUCCGUGGGAUUCAGGAGGCUGUGGGGACGUUCCUGGUGACAGCAGGAGGGGAGCAGGGCGCCCUGAUGGGAACGGGGACGUGGGGAAGGGCCGGGGCUCCUAGCAGCAGCGGGAGCACGGGGCAAAUCCCGCCGGGAGCCGUGCCCAGGAGGUGCCGGCAGGAGGAGGCCGGCGGUGGCCAACUCCGGGAAAAACGGAGCCUGGGAAUCCCUGUGGCCCUGGGGGGAGGGUGAUGAUGUCAUUGACCUGAUGGGACCCAUGGAAUGUUCUGGAACUGCUCUGGGCACAGGGAUUGGAUGGAUGGACCAUGAGUGGCCAUGGAGAUGCUCGGAGGGCUGGACCAUGAGGGUGAUGAUGUCAUUGACCUGAUGGCACCCCUGGAAUGUUUUGGAACUGCUCUGGGCACAGGGAUUGGAUGGAUGGACCAUGAGUGGCCAUGGAGAUGCUCGAAGGGCUGGACCAUGAGGGUGAUGACAUCAUUGACCCGAUGGGACCCCUGGAAUGUUCUGGAACUGAUGUGGACACAGGGAUU